GUUUUUUCGAUCCCGGCGAAGACAUGAAGCCAGUCUUCCCAGCUGCAGCGGGGGAGUGAGAGCGAGGGGAGUCGGGGGAGUGAGAGCGAGGGGAGUCGGAGAUUGCCCCUCGCCGAUCGAUCGGCUCUGAGGGUCUCAAAUGUGUCCUUCAGCGCCUGUCUCGGUGCCACCAGAUAUCAACAUAUUGUCAACUGAUGAAGAACUCGUACAGUUCAUGGGAGAAAGGAAGGCUGGGGAUCCUGUCCCAGCCAACGUGAUCACUGAAGUGAAUCCUUUCAGCAUCGAACCAUGGAAUUCUCCUGGUUAGCAUUGGAUCAUACUUACGAGUUGCCUCUUUUUUCCCUUAUCCUACUUUGCAUUUAUAGUGAAGAAGAUAUAUGGUACUUGUACAAUCCCGAGGAUCCACAAUCUUUGAACGGUGACAGUGAAUUUAAUGUGACAAGAAUUGGGUACUGGAAAUCCAGGAAUGAUCUCAGAAUAUUCACAGGUACUCCUACUGUGGGCAGAAAAACAAUGAGGGAAUUUUAUGUAGGGAAGGCUCCCAAUGGAAAUAGAACUGGGUGGAUGAUGCAUGAAUAUCAAGCAGAACAGAAGACAAUCAAUGGAAUUAAUAAAGAACAGGAUUAUAGUUCUCUGUGUAGAGUCUUCUUGCAAAUUGAUGAAAGGCCAAAUCAUGAGGAACAACAUAAUUCUGCAAUUGCAGAUGGUGCUGAAUGUGAUUACGUAGAAUAUGCCUUGCUGAAUAUUCUAGAACAAGAAGAAAACAAUUUGUCUUCAAGGGAUGCUGAAAACAGAUCCCAGACGAUUGGUGGUGAUGAGCAGGGGCAGUCGGUGUUAUCUGGAACAAGUGUCACUGAUCCAAUAACUGAUGAUCGUUUUGAGGAAAAGUAUGCAACUUGUGAUUUUUCUAAGGGAGACUACUUGGAACUGAAUGACCUAUGUAGUUCAGAGACAUCUUCAUCCAGUUCUGACAACUCAAGCCUCAUGUCAGUAAACUCUGAUGAAUUCUUUGAUGCUGAUGCCUUGUUGAGGGAUCUUGAGAAUGACCAUAACGUUAGGGUGGAAGAAGAGCAUGGAGAGUGCAGGUACAAUGUAUCAGCAUCCGUCAAAUCAAAUCGAGUGGUUAUCAUGCCACCAACACCAGGCUCAGUUUGCAGUAACAGUAGAAGUAAUCUUGUGGUCGAAGGGGGCACAUCUGCCAAUCCAAUUCCUGAAGAAGCACGGGCUUCGGAGCCUUCCCCUUCCGCUGAUGAGCUAUCUCAUAGUGGAAGGGCUUCUGAUUCUGGUAAAUCUCCAGACUCUCAUUCAGAUCAAUCUUCUUCUGAUAGUUCACAUGGUAGCAGAACUUCCAAAGGGCAGGGAUCGAAGUCUGCUGGCAGGAUUGCAAAGUUGGGGAAGAAGUAUUAUUGCUGUUUUAGAUCAUUUUAGCCUGACCUUCAUUCGUAAUUUAUAUUUAUUAUAGUAGAUCAUAAUUGCGAGUAUGAAAGGUGCAAGCAUCUUCAACUUGCUGUUAGUACCCAACCGAAAACCCGGAAACCAACUGAUAACAAGAACUGAGAGGACAUCAGUAGUGUACACCAUCUUCUAUUGGGUGUGGAGUCAAGGACAUACUGCUGUGCUGAAGCAUUUUAAAGCUCGCUUAACAAUCAUGCAGAACAAAAUAGUGGUGACAAGUGCAGUUUCUACUUCCUGGGGCAACUGCUGGGGGAAUAAUUGCUGCUUUGGUGACUUGCAUUUUUCCACCGUGUUCAUAUUGCCAUGUGUCUUAUUUACAGUAAUCAAACCUUAGGGAUUGGACGGAGUCUGUCAAAAAAAUAAGAAAAAUUACAGUUUCUUUCUGUUAGUAUUUGCUACAGUUUAUGUAAUUAAAGUGUACUAUGUAAGUUUUGCUUCAGCCUAUGUAAUUAAGGUAUAUUAUGCAAGUGAAUGCUCUUUUCCCUC